UGUCACAUACCCAAGUCCGUGCGUGCCAGCCCUGGUUCACAAUAAAAAAAUAAAAUUACAUUUUAAUCUUUCUAAUAUGCAAAUAUACCCCCAAAUUCCGGCGAAAACAGGCUGGAGACAAUAAAAACAACCGCAAGGCAUGUGACGUGAACGCAAUCGAAGUACAUUUCGUGCCUUUCCGAGUGCUAACUCCCAGUCUGGACGCACAAAAUCGAUGCAGAUGCUGUCUGCAUCGCCCAAUCUUAUGGAAAAUGCAUUAAAUAAAUCGCCAACCGAAAGCAAUAAAAGCUAAAAAGAAUAAUCAGUUUAUUAAAAAUAAACUCCAGCGCGUGGAAGAUUAGUUCCAAAACUCUAGUUUCGAAAGAUGCAGACAGACAACAAAAGCAAUAACAAAGUGCUCGAAUAGAACCAAAAUACCACACACACACAGACAACCGCGGAGGCCAACACACACACACACACCAAUAUGUAUUGAUGUUGCCAAUCGCUGCUGAUUACACAAAGAUCCUCAAAAAUACUUUAUCCAACGCUCGAAUAUGUCUGACGGCGUCAGCAUCUUGCACAUCAAGCAGGAGGUGGACACUUCCUCCGCUGGCGGCGGAGCCUCCUGCUUUAGUCCCAGUUCCAAGCCCACAACAACCACGCAAAGCAGCAGCAAUGGCAUGAAGUCCUCGCCUUCUGUUUCACCGGAGCGGCAGCUCUGCAGCUCCACCACUUCCCUAUCCUGUGAUCUGCACAAUGUCUCGCUGAGCAAUGAUGGUGAUAGUCUUAAGGGUGGCGGAACGGGCAGUGGCACCAGCGGCGGCGGAGGAGUUGUAAAUAGUGCCAAUGGAGGUAAUGCCACUAAUACCAGCGCCGGAACUGGAUCCGGCUCUGUGCGGGAUGAGCUGCGCCGCCUGUGCCUGGUGUGUGGCGAUGUGGCCAGCGGUUUCCACUAUGGCGUGGCCAGCUGUGAGGCCUGCAAGGCCUUCUUUAAGCGCACCAUCCAGGGCAACAUUGAGUACACCUGCCCGGCGAACAACGAGUGCGAGAUAAACAAGCGAAGGCGCAAGGCCUGCCAGGCGUGUCGCUUCCAAAAGUGUCUGCUCAUGGGCAUGCUCAAGGAGGGUGUGCGCUUGGAUAGAGUACGAGGAGGUAGGCAAAAGUACCGGCGGAAUCCCGUAUCCAAUUCGUACCAGACGAUGCAGUUGCUCUACCAGUCCAACACCACCUCGCUGUGCGAUGUGAAAAUACUGGAAGUGCUCAACUCGUACGAGCCGGAUGCUUUGAGCGUUCAGACGCCGCAGCAACAGCAGGUGCACACGACAACAACGUCGACAACGACGACCAGUGGGAAUGAUGAGGCCUCCUCCUCGUCGGGCAGCAUCAAGCUAGAGUCUAGCAGUGUCUCGGCUGUCACACCAACCAAUGGGACUUGCAUUUUCCAAAACAAUAACCACAACGAUCCCAAUGAGAUCUUGAGCGUGCUGAGCGACAUCUACGACAAGGAGCUAGUCAGCGUGAUUGGCUGGGCCAAGCAGAUACCCGGCUUCAUUGAUUUACCCCUCAACGAUCAGAUGAAGCUUCUGCAGGUGUCGUGGGCGGAGAUAUUGACGCUGCAACUGACAUUUCGUUCGCUGCCGUUCAACGGCAAACUCUGCUUUGCCACGGACGUCUGGAUGGACGAGCUGCUGGCCAAAGAGUGUGGCUACACGGAGUUUUACUACCACUGCGUGCAGAUAGCUCAACGCAUGGAGAGGAUAUCGCCGCGCAGGGAGGAAUACUUUCUGCUAAAGGCUCUGUUGCUGGCCAAUUGUGACAUUCUGCUGGAUGAUCAGAGCUCGCUGCGCGCCUUCCGUGACACGAUUCUCAAUUCUCUGAACGAUGUGGUCUACCUGCUGCGUCAUUCUUCGGCUGUGUCGCAUCAGCAACAGUUGCUACUGCUGCUGCCGUCGCUUAGGCAGGCAGACGAUAUACUCCGACGUUUCUGGCGAGGAAUUGCUCGUGACGAGGUCAUCACCAUGAAGAAACUGUUUCUGGAGAUGCUCGAGCCGCUGGCCAGGUGAAAAAACAGAAAACAGAUCUAGCUGAUAAGCAAAUAGGUGCAAAUAUAGUCAUAGCUUAGAUUAAGCGUAGGGAUAAGCCAUGUACAUAGAUAGUAAAAAUACUGGUGGGGCCUAAGAUUAGUUGGCAGAGAA